GAAAGCGACGUCGGGGUCAAUGAAAACAAACGGGGAACCCGGGGGAAGGAAGGCGGGCGAGGAGGAGGAAGCGCGGAAGAGAGCCACCGGGCCGCGGAAGUGCGAGCGGGAGGGCGGCUGCGGUCGCCUUUUAACCGUUGUCACGGUCGCCGCCGCCGAGGCUCGCCCGGGAUGUCUGAGCGCGCGACUCGCGGCCCCGGAGCACCACGCGGCACCCGCCGUCCUGGCCUCUAAGCCGCCACGUCCCGGCGGCGCGCGCGGGCUGAGGGCGGCUUAGGACCCGCGGGAGCUGGGGAGGGGGCCGGGGCGCCCGGGAGGGGCUGCCGGGAGGGGCUGCCCCAGACCCGGUGCCUACCCCCAUCUGCGCGGCCGGCGCCUGGCCAGGAGGAUGCGCGGCGCCGGGAUCUGAAGCAUGGAGGGGGUUCUGUACAAGUGGACCAACUAUCUCACAGGUUGGCAACCUCGCUGGUUUGUUUUAGAUAAUGGCAUCCUAUCCUACUAUGAUUCACAGGAUGAUGUUUGCAAAGGGAGCAAAGGAAGUAUAAAGAUGGCAGUUUGUGAAAUUAAAGUUCAUUCAGCAGACAACACAAGAAUGGAAUUAAUUAUUCCAGGAGAGCAGCAUUUCUACAUGAAGGCGGUAAAUGCAGCUGAAAGACAGAGGUGGCUGGUUGCUCUGGGGAGCUCCAAAGCAUGUUUGACUGAUACUAGGACUAAAAAGGAAAAAGAAAUAAGUGAAACCAGUGAAUCUCUGAAAACCAAAAUGUCUGAACUUCGUCUCUACUGUGACCUCCUAAUGCAGCAGGUUCAUACAAUCCAGGAAUUUGUUCAUCAUGAUGAGAAUCAUUCAUCUCCCAGCAUAGAGAACAUGAACGAAGCCUCUUCUCUGCUUAGUGCCACGUGUAAUACAUUCAUCACAACGCUUGAGGAGUGUGUGAAGAUAGCGAAUGCCAAGUUUAAACCCGAGAUGUUUCAACUGCCCCAUCCAGAUCCCUUGGUUUCUCCUGUGUCGCCUUCUCCUGUUCAAAUGAUGAAGCGUUCUGUCAGCCACCCUGGUUCUUGCAGUUCUGAGAGGAGUAGCUACUCUAUAAAAGAACCCGUAUCUACACUUCACCGACUCUCCCAGCGACGCAGGAGAACCUACUCAGAUACAGACUCUUGUAAUGAUAUUCCCCUUGAAGACCCAGAUAGACCUGUUCACUGUUCAAGAAAUACACUUAAUGGAGAUUUGGCAUCAGCAACCAUUCCUGAAGAAAGCAGACUUAUGGCCAAAAAAAAAUCUGAAUUGGAAGAUCCUCUUCCAUCCUUCUCUUCCUGAGGAAACUGAAGUGUCCAACUUCCUCUAAGUAUUGCUAUGCAAAAGCUGCUGUUAUCAACUUGUUAUAGGGAGUAGUUUUUCCCUUUACUUAGUAUUUCUCUGCACUUUAUAGAAUAUUGUAAAACAAACAAACAAACAAAAAACAACCCACAUACUUUUGAAGUGUAUUUUAUCUUUAUAUAGUUUAUUUGCAAGAGUAUUUUCCUAAUAACUUCACAGUAUGAAUGUGCAUCUUUCUUUUUUUUAAAAAAAAACACAAAUGAUGCUGUAACAUUUUGACAUCCAUAAGGACAAAUGUAGAUAUUUUUCUAAAAAACUGUGAGGGACUGACAUCUUUGUCAGUGUGUAUUGUAGCUUAUAAACAUGAAAUCUUGUAAGGUUUCAGUUUGACAGAAGUGUGAUAUAUGUAAAUUGUGCCAUGGACCAAAAGGUCACUUUAUCCCAGCUUAAAAUGAGUUAUGAUAGCAGCUUGAUGGUGAUUGUAUCAAAUUCCUUUAAGAAAAAAGGAACACUUAAUAUUCUAAAUAUCUUUAGCCCAAAUAACAUGACAUUUUGAAUAUUCUUUAAAAACCAGACUGUGCUGUCCUUCAUAUGUGAAGUUGACACUACUGAUUUGUCAAUACCAAAUGUUGGGUUAAAGUAUUUAAUUUUAUUUAUUUAUUUUCUUGUUUCCUCAAAGAUGAUUGUUUUCUAACUUUUGUGACCUACCAAAUUUAAGAUGUGUAUAUGUUGUUAUUUAUAUUGUUCUACAAAAGAGGAUGAUGUUGUAGUGACUUGGCUCACUUACACCAGAGAAAUAAAUGACUUUCAAUGGAAGAGGAUUUUAGUGCUUUUUUCCUGAAGUAGACAUUAAGCUGCUGUUAUAAGGUAUUGUUUGCAGUUCUUUAGAAUAUCUAGAGACAUUUUUAAUUUAUGACUAUUUAUACAAAAAAGGAAUCCUGUCAAGAUGACUGUUCUGUAUCACUUGAGAAUGGCAUUAUUUAAAGAGCAGUUAGCAUUUGUUUGAUAGUGCCUGUCCAUAUCUAUUGUCAGUGUUUGCCUUGUAAUCUCUCUCUUUUUUUUUUUUUUUUUAAUUCACUUUGGGAUGAUAGUUCUGUCCAAGAUUUUAGAUGAGCAGCACUUUAAAACAAAUUGGCUUGGUGUUUUUAAGUUAAUCAUGUGUUUAAUAAAUAUGUGGUUUUUGCAUUCAAACUCAUCAUAUAAUAUAUUGUAUUUUUUACAUUCA